GGCGGCGAUGCCCAGACCCUCGGCGGGUUGGUCGUUCGCGGUGUUGGCAGCGCCGGCCCGGCGGCGCGCUCUGCUGCUGCCCCGCACCUUCCCCCGCCUCCCCCGCCACAGCGCCCUCGCCCGCUAACGGUGGCCCGCAGCCUCCCGCUGGGCCUCUGAGGGCGGGCGCGCCCUGCCCCGAAAUGCUGCGCUACUGGGGCGAGAUUCCCGCUUCCCCGAACCAGGCCAGUCGCAGCUCCUUCGACUUGCUUCAGCGUGAGUUUCGUACCGUGGAAGUCCAAGAUCCUCCGUUGCAUCAGCCGUCUGCCAACAAACCCCGGACAACGACCAUGCUGGACAUCCCCUCGGAGCCCUGCAGCCUCACCAUUCACACCAUUCAGCUCAUCCAGCACAACAGGCGGUUACGCAGCCUCAUCGCCGUGGCUCAGGCCCAAAACCAGCAGCAAGCGGAAGGCAUCAAAACCGAGGACAGCGAACCGCUGCCAUCUUGUCCGGCCUCUCCGCCUCUCCCCGAUGACCUGCUUCCUCUGGAUAGCAAAACCCCCAAAAUGCCAUUUCAGCUGAGGCACAGUGACCCAGAGAGUGAUUUCUACAGAGGAAAAGGGGAGCCUGUGACUGAACUGAGUUGGUCCUCCUGCCGGCAGCUUCUCUACCAGUCCAUGGCCACCAUCCUCGCUCACACAGGCUUUGAGUGUGCCAACGAGAGUGUCCUGGAGACCUUGACAGACAUUGCUCACGAGUACUGUUUGAAGUUCACCAAACUGCUGCGCUUCGCAGUGGAUCGAGAAGCUCGACUUGGGCACACACCUUUCCCUGAUGUCAUGGAACAGGUCUUCCAUGAAGUGGGCAUUGGCAGUGUGCUCUCACUGCAGAAGUUCUGGCAACACCGCAUUAAGGAUUAUCACAGCUACAUGCUUCAGGUUAGCAAGCAGCUCUCAGAAGAGUAUGAGAAGAUUGUCAAUCCUGAAAAAGCAGCAGAGGACACAAAGCCUGUGAAGAUUAAGGAGGAACCUGUUAGUGAUAUCACUUUCCCCAUAAGUGAGGAGCUAGAAGGAGAUCUGGCUUCUGGUGACCAGUCUUUGCCAGUGGGAGUCCUUGGCGCUCAAAGUGAGCGCUUCUCUGCCAACUUGGAAGUAGAAGCUUCCCCACAGGCUUCAGGAGCUGAGGUGAAUGCUUCCCCUCUUUGGACCUUGGCUCAGGUGAAAAUGGAGCCACAGGAAAAUGAGGAAGGCAAUGUUCCUGGGCAUGGCGUCCUAGGCAGCGAUGUCUUCGAGGAGCCCAUGUCAGGCAUGAGUGAAGCUGGGAUGCCACAGAGCCCCAAUGGCUCUGAGAGCAGCUAUGGUUCUCAUUCUGCUGACAGUCUGAUGGGAUCCUCACCUGUCUUCAACCAGCGUUGCAAGAAAAAGAUGAAGAAGAUGUGAAAAAGAAAAGGAG